AUGAAGUCCAAACGUGCCGCUGCCGCAUCGGCCGAGGACGCGAGGCCAGCCGAUGUCCCUCAAGACCAGACCAACAAGAAGCGCAAGCGCAGCGACGACGAUGCCGAUCAGAGCAAAGACGCGACAGCCGGCCAGGGAGAGAAGAGGGUAAAGAAGUACAAGGAGGAGCGAAAGGAGAAGAAGAAGGAGAAGAAGGAGAAGAAGAAGCAGGACAAGGAGGAGCGAAAGGCCAACAAGCCCAAGAAGGACAAGAGCAAAUACAACAACAAGUCCCGCAAGGAAAAGAAGGAAGAGCUCAAGAACCUCCAGAACCUGCCCGAGGGCAUGGACGUCGACGAUGACGAGGGAAGCGCAAACGCUGCCGAGGCUGUGACCAAGCCCGAGGCCGAGGACAAGGAAGACAAGAAGAAGGAGAAGAAGGACAGAAAAAAGGAGAAGAAGGAGACGAAGAAGAAGGAGAAGGACAACAAGGACGAGUCCUCCGCCACCAAGAACGCCACACAAGGCGAAGAUGCCAUCGACCUCGACUCGUCCUCGGCGCAAAAGGCUGGCCGCAACAUUGUCUUUGUCGGCAACCUGCCCUACAGCGCCACCGCGGCCUCCAUCACGGCGCACUUCGCCUCUCUCAAGCCCGUGGCUGUGCGGUGCCUGACCAAGAAGGACGAUCCCAAGGCCUGCAGGGGCAUCGCCUUUGUCGAGUUCGCGACGUCGACGCACCAGCGGACGUGUCUGGAUAAGUUCCACCAUACCAUGUUCGACGACGGCAUCUCGCCCCCGAGGAAAAUUAACAUUGAACUCACUGCUGGAGGAGGCGGUAAAGGCCAGGGCCGCAAGGACAAGAUCAUGGAAAAGAACAAGAAGCUUGACGAGAACCGAGCCAAGCGCAUCGAAAAGGAGAAGACGGCCAAGGAGGAGAACCAGUCCGGCAACAGCUCGGCCAGGAUGGACAUUCACCCCAGCCGCCUUGCUCGUCUGCCUGGCCUUGGAAAUUGA